AAACAUUCACGUCAAAUCAAAACAACAGCUGCGGUCUGCUGCUGCUUGUUCUUGUUUAAAUUACGUCGAGCCGUCGAUAAUAAAGCAAAAGCAUCCAACUAAACUUAUUUAGCAGAAUAUAGUGUUUUUAAUACAUUAAUCAGGAUGGCGGGUGCACCGAAUGACUGGCAAUUGGAAUGUGUGAAAAUGAAGCAAAGGGGUGCUUACCUCCUUCAGUCGGGACAGUGGUCAGACUGUACGUUUCUGGUGGGCACCGAGCCCAACCAGGUCCGCAUCGCAGGCCACAAGCUCAUACUGGCGAUGGCGUCGCCUGUCUUUGAAGCAAUGUUCUUUGGAGGCAUGGCUGAGAGGAAUGAUCCUAUACCUAUUUUGGAUGUCCAGCCUGAUGCUUUUAAGGCAUUGCUUCAAUACAUAUACACCGAGAACAUAAACAUCAGCUCGUUCGACAAGGCUUGCGAGCUCUGCUAUGGAGCCAAGAAGUACAUGCUGCCACAUCUAGUCAAGGAGUGCACACGUUACCUCUGGUCAGAUCUGUACCCGAAGAAUGCCUGUCGGGCGUACGAGUUUGCUAGGCUGUUUGAGGAAAAUGUACUUAUGGAGAAAUGUAUGCAGAUUAUCAGCACGAACACAAAGGAGGUCCUCACCGACAGUAGUUUUGAGGAAGUGGAGUUAAACACGGUGAUAGCGGUGUUCUCUCUAGACCAUUUGAAUGUGGACAGCGAAUUGGAUUUGUUCGAGGCAGCCGUCAGGUACGCCAAAGCGCAGAAUAGGAGGCACGGAGACAGGAGUGUUAGUCCUGUGGUAGAAAACGGGCCGCCAUCUGAGAAGAGAGCGAAGAGCCCUGCACCUUCAACUUCAACAGAAAAGGUAGUGAAUGUUGAAAGUAGCCCUGAGAACAGCCCCGAGGCGCCGGCGGAGCCCUGCAAGGCGGGGGAGACGCCCGUACCCGGACCUUCCGAUGACAAACCUAAUAAGACUGAUACAACAAAAGACAAGACAAUACGCGGCGCAAUAGAGAAGAUUCGUUUUCUGACUUUGACACCCCAACAAUUCGCCGAGGGUCCAGCUCGGUCUUCGCUCCUAACGGAGUCCGAGGCCUUCGCGGUCCUCAUGAACAUACUGUCCAGCUGUUCUGAUGUGCCGAUGCCCAGUGGCUUCUCAACGUGCCGAGUGCCGAGGAAACAGCUGAUUGGCAGUGCUGGAUCCUCAAGUAUGGCGACACUGACGGUGGACACGCCCAGCCCCGUGCUGCUGGAGCAGGUGUUCGGCGCGGAGGUGUCCCGCGCUGCGCACCCGCUGCCGCACGGCCGCCCCGCGCGACUAGACGCGCCGUACUCGGGCGUGCGCAUGCCCAACAGCGCCGUCGACCAGCCGCCCGUACCGCUCGGCCAACCGCUCGGCCAACAGCUCGGCCAACAGCUCGGCCAACCGCUCGGCCAACUGGUCGCCCAACACGUCGGCCCGGACGCGCCGUGCGGCCGCCACGCGCCCGACAGGAAGCUGUACUGCCAGCGGGGUCUGGUGCAGCACACAGAUUGUUUGAACACGAGUGUUUUGGAUUGCUCCGUGACCUUUAUGGUGGAUAAGAAUAUCUGUUUGCUCGGUGUGCAGGUGCCCACUCAGGCGCCGAGCGACGGCAGCGCGCUGUGCCUGGGCGGCGGCGCCCUGGGCGCGCCCGCCAACACCGGCUACUCCGAGCUGCUGUACGCGCACCUGCUGGACGCGGACGGCGCCCGCCUCACCUACACGCACUACACCAACCGCGUGCCCUACAGGCAUCUGCUGGACAUCAUGUUCAACCGGCCCGUUUAUAUACAGAGGAACAAGGUGUACAAAGUAGGUAUAGUAUUCAACAAAGUCGGCUGGUACCCGAUGGGUACAUGCGCGCACCAAGUGGAAAUAGAAUCGGUCUUCUUCAACUUCGGCAUCGGCCAGAGCAGCGAUUCGGUCCGUGACGGACUCAUUCGGUCCAUUAUUUUCACGUACUAGCAGACGGUUUUGGCGCCAAUCGUGCUAUCAUAGUUGUCUAUGACGCUUUUUAGAUAGCCACGUGUGUAGCCGGUCUUUAUGCGUGUUUGUUUUUCUAGUCUGGCAACAGUUAUGUUAACUGCCAGUGUUAUGAAAAAAACCCGAGACGAGGUUUUAAAACUACCUAUAAAUAUGAAUUUAGUAUGUACCUAUUUGAUUCUUACCUUCGUUUAAGAAUAUGAAACUUAUAAGAGUAAUGCAUUUUAUUGUUUUUAACAGAUUAUAAACUAGUCAAUCGUGUCAAGAGUGCGUUGUUUUUUAAGUACAGAAAGCCACAGAAAAAGUGUACCAAGUUACGAAACAUAACAUCUACCAUAUCAAGAUGAUUAUAAUUUCAAGUCACAUAAAUUUGGUUAAUAGUGCAAAUUAAUAAUAAUAGUAAACUUAAUUUAUUUAUAGGCUUUUAGAUGUGGAUCUAGAAUAGCCAAUCGUCAUUUUUGUUAUGAUAAAAUAAUACCAUUCAAAUAUUUACAAAUGACUGAUGACCGAAUUCUGACUGAUAAUAUAGGCAUUUUUCAAAACUUCUAUUUGCUUCUAGACCGUUGAGUGUUACAUGUUUAUUGAUAGUAACUUAAAUAUCUUUGACUGUUAAUCCAUUAAAUGCCAAAUACAUAUUUAAAUUUUGAAUUAUUUUUAUAGAAAUCGAAAGAAGAGUUAACUUGAUUGUUGAUUGUACUGUAUUUUUGCUUAGUGUUUUAACCAUUUUCCAACCUGGGUGAGGCUUGUUAACUAGGUCACGGAGGUCAGACUACUGGACGUAGUUGACUUUCACUGUUUGAUCGUGGUCAAAAAGGUAGAAAGCAUGUCGUUGAUAAUGAUGAUAAAUUAUACUUAUCUGCCCUUUUUUAAUAUAAUAUUUUACAUGUGUCGCAUUAUAAAACGUAGGAUAUUUAUCAAUAUGCAACCGAAUUAUAUUUUUUUUUAAAUACCUACUUACUAAUGCAAUUUUGAAAUGACAAUUGUGUUCAAUUUACAUUGGCUCACAUCAAUUUACAGUGGCUCACAUGUUUGCUAAAUGCUAUUUCACUUUUCUGAUUAAUUAUUCUAAUGAAUAAUUUAAGAUGCCUUAUUUAUUCAAGUGGAAUACGCGUUUUAUUCGGACAUCAAAAUGUCAGAUUCUGAAAAACUUAAAGAUGACCUAUUUUGAUAUACCUACAUGUGGCCCACUGUACUUGAGGGCUAAAAGAAAGUGAUAAUAUUGUAGCAUUGUUUGGCGUGAUUACUAAUGUUGUGAUCAUUAACCUUAUUAUAUAGAAUAUAAGUAAUUAACGCAGAAUUGUAUGAUAUAAUUAAA